AUGGAUAAUCAAGCAAGAGUCGUCGUUACCGGUUUUGGUCCCUUUGAUGGUAUCUCGGUGAACAGUAGCACUACCGCCGUCCUGAAUUUGCAAUGCAAAUGGGAAGAAAUUAGAUCUCAGGCCAAAUGUUCUCCUGAACUUGUCGUUUUGCCAAAUAUCGAGGUUUCAUAUCAGGCGGCGGAUAAGGCCGUCUCCCAUAUAUGGGAUGAACUCAAACCGAACCUAGUUAUUCAUGUCGGUGUUGACCCCUCGGCCUCGAAGAUUAGUCUAGAAAAUCAGUCGGGGUUUGGACCCUACACUAUGACAGAUGAUGGUUGUCUUCCCUGUCAACCCUUGUGUCAUGAGCAGAUCUGCACAAAGCUCUCGCUGGAUGAGCCCUGUGUCCUCCUUCAGUCUCGUGGAUUCAAGUGUGGUAUUUCAACGGAUCCCGGUUGUUUCCUUUGCGGCUAUAUUUAUUGGCGUUCCCUUGAAAAAGACCCAAAUCGGACCCUAUUCGUUCAUGUCCCGACGAUAUCAGAUGUCUUUACUGCGGACUACCUCGGUGACUUUCUACUUCUUUUGAUAAUUAUUCUAUGUAAAAAUUGUGAUAUACCGAUUUCUUCUUCCCUUGCAGAUUAUCUUUAA